AUGAUGAUUUCUCCGGUGAAAUUGAAUAGUGAUAAUUAUAAACAAGAUGAACAAGUCGUUGUUAAUACGACACUUAUGAAUAAUGAUGCAAAUUCAACUGGAAGCUAUCUUUCUUCACAAGAUCGACUACCACUUGCUAAUACACUCACUGAUGCACACUGGGAAGCUAUUGUGAAUAUGUUUAAUUCUUCAAAUAAGGAGGGCUCGAAUGAAAAAUUUUCUAGGAAAUGGAUGCUUGAUACAGGGGCUUCGAGACAUAUGACAGGGAGUAAAGAGUUCUUUUGCAAAACAUAUCAAAUAGGUUUUUCUUCCGUAAAACUUCCAAACGGCGCGUACACAGCUGCUUCAUGUGAAGGCACUGUGGUGUUUGGAAAAAAUAUGAGAUUAUAUCGUGUUUUAUAUGUCCCUGAUCUUCGCUGCAAUUUGAUUUCAUUAACGUGUUUAAUUAAAGAUCUGAAAUGUAUUGUCACUUUGACUGAUAAGUUGUGUGUGAUACAGGACCGCACUACGAGGACGUUGAUUGGUGUUGGUGAGGAACGAGAUGGGGUCGAUAUCUUCCACAGUGGAGCGCAGAUUAUGGCACAUCGAGUUACUACUGGUGAAAAUUAUUAUUUAUGGCAUAAGCGUUUAGGUCAUCCUUCUAAUAAGAUUAUUUCUUUGCUUCCUGGUAUGAAUAAAGUUGAUUGUCAGAAGUUUCUCAAUGAACCAUGUGAUACUUGUUUUAAGGCUAAACAAACACGUGCUAGUUUUCCUAUAAGUGAGAAUAAAGCAAAUGACAUCUUCAGUUUAGUUCAUUGUGAUGUAUGGGGUCCGUGUCGUACAUCGUCUUCUUGUGGUGCACAUUAUUUUCUUACUAUUGUUGAUGAUCAUUCUCGUUGUGUCUGGGUUUAUUUGAUGGCACAUAAAACUGAAGUGGUGAAAAAUUUUCAGAGUUUUUGUGCUAUGGCUAAGACACAAUUUGAUAGACAUGUUAAGAAAGAUCGCAGUGAUAACGGUACUGAAUUUCGUCCAUUGAUUCCAUUUUUUUCUGAACAAGGAAUAGAAUUUCAAACUUCAUGUGUAGAUACGCCACAACAAAAUGGGCGAGUGGAACGAAAACAUCGUCAUAUAUUGAAUGUAGAACGUGCUUUGCGAUUUCAAGCAAAUUUACCUCUUCGGUUUUGGGUUUUCUUUGAAAACAAAUUUCCUUAUCAUGUUGUUCCUUUGGAUAAUAAUAAUGAAGAAUCCCAAAUUGAAUUGGAUAGAAGGUUAGAAAUCUCUGGAGAACAACCAAACUUAUUGUUUUCUGACGGUACUGCUAAUCCGGGUAGUUCUUCAGGUACAAGCGGGAAGAAAUUGUCCGAUACAGCCGGACAUAAAUCCACAGCUAGUGGCAGUACAACAACUCCAGGCAGUAAUAUACAGAUGUUGUCUGGUGACUGUACAAUUUGUCCAGGAAGUAAAGAACAGACGUUGUCCGGCAGUGACGACACAACUGUUCCAGGAAGUGAAAGAAAUGUUGUGCGAGAUCUGUCUCAUAGUGAGGGAACUAUUUUACCAGACAGUAAGACACGAGAUUUGUCCAGUAGUGACAGAACUACUACUCCAUUUAAUGAGGUACUGGAUUUGUCUAGUAGUGUUAGAAGUCCAAUAGUCACAGCAAGUGACAGAAUUCCAAAGAUCACAUACGGAUCAUUAGUUACUUUAGAAGAUGGUUUUGUCUCAUAUGGGCCCCAGCAAGACAUGUCAGAUAUUGCAGAAAGGAAAGAUCUGGCAGUUCGACGUAGUGUUCGGUCUCGGGUUUCUAAUACAGGGUUAAAGGAUUAUGUAUGUAACACCAUUCAAGCUAUAGACCCCGGCUCUUCUACUCCGCACUCGUCAACGUUCUCAGGUACGCCUUAUCCCAUAACUAAUUAUGUGUCUUGUGCAAAAUUUUCCGCUAAUCAUACUCGUUUUCUGGCGGCGAUUACUACUCUUAAAGAACCUAGCAGUUAUGCGGAGGCUGUUCGUCUUCCUUGCUGGCGUGUAGCUAUGUCUAAGGAAAUUAAUGCUCUUGAUAAAAAUGGCACGUUGUCUAUUACUGAUCUUCCGCCAGGAAAGAAGACUAUUCGUUGUAAAUGGGUUUACAAAAUUAAAUAUAAUUCUGAUGGCAGUGUAGAAAGAUAUAAAGCUCGAUUGGUUGUUCUUGGUAAUAAACAGGUUGAAUGGGUUGAUUACCAUGAAACCUUUGCUCCCGUAGCCAAAAUGGUUUCAGUUAGAACUUUUUUGGCAGUCGCAGUGGAUCAAGAUUGGGAGUUGCACCAAAUGGAUGUUCACAAUGCCUUUCUACUCGGGGAUCUUGAUGAGGAAGUAUAUAUGCAACUUCCUCCAGGCUAUUCGACUACUUCUUCGGGCAAAGUAUGUCGUCUUCACAAAUCCUUAUAUGGUCUUCGUCAAGCUCCACGUAAUUGGUUUGCUAAGCUUGCAAACAUACUUAAGUCAGUGCUUUCAUAUGAAAGAUUUAGGUCCUCUCAAGUAUUUUUGGGUAUUGAAAUAUCUCAAGGUACUGAUGGUCUAUUUUUAUCUCAACGAAAAUAUACUUUGGAUAUACUUUCUGAGACUGGACUUCUUGGAGCCAAACCAGCUGCUUCACCUAUUGAUCAACAUCAUCGAUUGGCUCUAGAUGAUGGACCUUUGUAUUCAGAUUCAUCUCAGUAUCGCCGACUUAUUGGAUCUGCUCUUCGAGUUCUUCGUUAUCUUAAGAGUCAUCCAGGUCAAGGGAUUGUUUUACGCAAGGAUAGUGCUCUUCCACUUACUGCUUAUUGUGAUUCUGAUUGGGCGUCAUGUCCUCUUAGUCGUCGUUCGCUUACUGGUUACUUUAUUUUCUUGGGAGGCUCACCUAUAUCUUGGAAGACAAAGAAGCAACAUACAAUAUCUCGUUCUUCUGCAGAGGACGAGUACCGUUCCAUGGCGCAUACUUGUAGUGAGCUCACGUGGCUAAAGGCGUUAUUGAAAUCUCUAGGUGUAUUUCAUUCUCAACCUAUGCGCCUUUACUGUGAUAGUCAAUCCUCUCUUCAUAUUGAUGCUAAUCUUGUUUUUCAUGAGCGCACCAAACACAUUGAGAUGGAUUGUCAUUAUGUGCGCGAUAAAGUUCAAUCUGGUGCUAUUAUUACUUCUCAUGUUCGCACAACCGCUCAGCUUGCAGACAUUUUCACCAAAGCUCUUGGGCGUCCUCAGUUUGAGCUACUUCUUCGCAAUUUGGGCAUUCGUGAUCUUCAUGCUCCAACUUGA